AUGUACGACAAGGCAAAUGGUGGUGGAGGCUCGCAGAUUGACGUUCUUGUAAUCUUUAUUUUAAAAACUUGCCCUGGAAGUAUUCGACUAUUUAAGGAAUUAGGCCCCGUUGUCGAAUCACUUAUGGUUAGAGAGGUACAGUAUGACCUUCGACAAACCCUUCUCAACAAAAAAGAUGGCCCGUUUGGUGAGCAGAACCUAGCCCAAGUCUUCGAAGACGAUAAGCAUGUACUUGCGUCCCAACGAAUUGAACUUCCUUGGGAGAUAGUGGACUCUAAAGCGGCUGAGGAGGGUCUGCCGAAGUUUUGA